UUACAUUUUUGUUGGACUAUAUCCUUGUUUCUAACUAGAAUACCGGAAGUGGACGGUACUAUUUCCAUUCCACGGUCACGGAUAUUUGAUGCACCUCUGCCGAAAAACAAACAUAAAAGCAUCCUGUGACUAAAGGUGGAACCUGGAUGUACACCAUCUUUCCUCUCAGCUAUUUUUGUUCAUCCUGCGAAGUCUGACACAUCCGGACAACUUAACAUGACUACAGUUCCUGUACCACCACCUCCUCCUCCACCCCCUGCUCCAUCCCAGCCUCCAAAACAAUUGAUUCCGCUGUCACCUCAACUUGCUGCCAUUCCUUUCUGUCAUGGUGAGGACCAUCCAGUGCAAGAAACAACUCCCUCUGCAGAGGCUCUACAUGACACACAGGAUGAACCAGCCCCACCUCAGCCCACAGUGCACAACGGACCCCCUCCUCCGCCACAGGAACAAGACGAUCCUGAUAAUGAAGGGAAGAAGAAGCCGGUGCAGGAAACUGACCCAGCACCACAGACACUGAGCUCCUCACAGCUCCAGAAUUUUGGGAUUGCACAGACCACGGUGCAAGAGGACAACGCCACUAAUUUGGACCAGACUGAGGAAAAGUGAAGCGGUCCCUCCACUGAAACACUUUUAGAUGGUGCAAUCAAGAGAGCUCAGCACUUUUAAAUAAAAACCAAAAGACUAAACAACAGAUUUUAAUAGAGUCAGCGUGGACUCACAUGACCUUUUUUUUUUUUUUUUAAACUGAAACACAGUCCAGUCUUUAUACUCUUGCUUAAGAAAUGACAAGCUACUCCCUGUAUCAGGUAUGGUUAAAGAACUUCUCACCACAUGAAACAUAUUGAUCACUGCCUUAAUUAUUUUAAGGAAGGAACUGAACUAUUUGUUGAGUUAAAUCCACAUGGGGAUUAUUUUUUUUGGCCAGGCUUAUUACAUGGGAAUGCAUAAAUUAAAAAAAAAAAAAAAAAAAAGUAAAAAUCAGUUCUAAACAUGUCUUGCUUUGUAGAAAUCUAAAAAUAAAACACAAGAUGCCUUUAGCAACUACUUUACAUGUGGAAGAACUUAUUUAUUUUGAACAUACGACAGGGGUUUUUAGACCCAGGUCUUUUGUUGUUUUCAGAGUUCAAUGUUUUUGGAAAACAUUAUUAUUGUGACAGUUUGAUCAUUGUGUUUAUGUUGUUGCAUUUUUCAGCUGAAUUUUGUUGUCACUUGUUAUAGUGUUUUAAUUAAAUGUUAGCUCUCUAUACUACAAGCAAUGUCUUACCUCCUUAAGGAAAAUACUCAUAGGAUUUAAUUACAGGGUAUCUGCAGGUUUGAGGAAGCCACAUUUAUGACUUUUUAAGGCAUCUGGUCAAAUAUAAGACCUUACAUUCACAAAAAUAACAGUACAAACAGGCGUCGGUUAUUGCAUUCAACCAGUCUAAACCAUGUUCAGUUCAGCUCAUGUUGCAUUUCCAUUUCUCCAUGAUUGUUUCUUCUACAGAUGUUCAAGCUGCUAUAGCUCACAUCUGAACAGUUCCGCCUAUGAAUGCAUGUUGGUGGCUCCACUCAUUCCGAUCUCAGUUAUGCUAUAAUGCUAAACAAUAAUUUAUGAAUUAGAAAAAUUCUUUACAAAAAUUUCUUAAGAAAGUAUCAUUUAUUGUGUCUGUGGAUUUUUUAAAGACCUUUGAGUGCUAGAUUUAAUGAUUAUUUAUCAAUUUUAAGAAUAAUUAAGGCCUUAAUUUAGGGCAAUCAGACUUAAGACUUUAAGGAUCCAGGUACUCUAAAUGAUUCUGGCACUAAUUAUGAGUUUCAAAAUAUAUGAGCUUUAAGAAUUGCCAGGGUUAUGCUACAGCUAUGAUCAUUAAAUACAUGCUGUAACAGGGUUUCUACAAGGUAAAUGUAAGACUUUAUAAGACCUUUUUAAGACUACUUAGAACACAAUUUAAAGCCUAUUUCACAGCCAUACUGGCAAGAAACGGCAACUCCUUGAAAAUUGUAUUUAUUUACUCCAACGCCUUGAUUCCCACCGUCCCAAGUCAUUUCUCACCAGACGCUGCAAAGUUGGCGAUAAUUGGUUCCUAAUUUCAACAGGUGGAACUGAGUAGAAUAAUGUUACUUUAUUUGCAGCUUGAACAUUUCCCAGACACAUUUAAACACAAUACAGCAAACACGUUUAUGGCAACAUAACUUAAGACCUACCAUAUCACAUUUAAUUUUUUAAGGUAUUAAAUGCAGAUUUGUAAAUUCCAGACUUUUUAAGACCCUGCAGGAACCUGUGUAAUUUUGUCCAGUGUUCAAUGGUAGAAAUCAGUGGAGUUACAAAGUAGUAAUAGUACUUGCUGCAGUUUUACUUGGAACUUCUCAGCGAUGUCAUGAAUAUUUAAGUAACUCUCAGGCUUCAGGUCUGUAGAAAUAAAGACAUGACACAGCAAGA